AUGGAUCUAGACGAUUCCGAUUCCUCCUCCGAGCCCUCAGAAGCCAGCUCCCCACCCGAGGACGAACUUGAACAUCCCGUCAAAGCAACCGAAAUCGUGGAAGAUUUGACAGGCGAAGCAGACGAUGAGGAGGGCUUGUUUGAUGUUGAUAGGCCUCCGGUCCUAAAACCAUGGUCUUAUCAGACGGAGAUGUUGCAGGAGAGCUUGAGGAGGAAUGUUAUUGUCGCUAUGAUCUGGUUUCUCGCUCCAACAGUCUCUCUCUGCUUCCAGCAAUACGAUUACAUCAAAAAACACAUACCUUCCGCUCAAGUCAAGUUCCUCAGUGGUGCCGACAACGUGGAUCGAUGGACAGAUCCUCAACACUGGGCCAUCGUUCUCAAAAAUGUUAAGAUUCUAGUUUGUACUUACCAAAUACUCCUGGAUGCUCUAACCCAUGGAUUCAUUAAAAUGGAUUCAUUAGGCUUGAUUGUAUUUGACGAAAUAUCACACAACUGCGUCGGAAACCACGCGGGAUCAAAAAUAAUGAAAUCUUUCUAUCACCCGCAAAAGGCCCAAGGCCACAGUAUUCCACGCAUACUUGGAUUAACUGCUAGUCCGGUUAUGCGAUCAGAUCCUAAAUCCGUUACCCAGAUUGAAGAGACGCUGGAUGCGAUAUGCCGCACGCCGAAAUACCAUCGUGUAGAGCUACUCCAAAAUAACAAGCGUCCAGUCUUGUCAGAAGUGUUUUUUGACAAUAUGGAAGUAGGGGACUUAUCUGAGUAUACUAAAACUAUCGCAAGCCUUUGUCAAGCAUACGACCGUCUCAACAUUACAGAGGAUCCUUACGUUCUCGCCUUGGUAAAAGAAAAUACUGACAAGAGCUGGAGAAAGUUGGAGAAAGUACGUCUCAGUAGAAAGACGUGGUGCACUUCUGAAAUGAAACGAUUUUACACCACGGCGUUGAAAGUAUGCACAGAAUUGGGCGCCUGGGCCGUCGACAAAUAUGUCUCGGAAGUUGUGACGAAUUUUACGAAGGACGUUGAGAACUCGCUGGCUGGCAUAUGGGAUGUGUCAAGCGCAGAGAAAACCUACCUGGCUAAAGCCCUGAGCCAUGUCCAUAUCACACGAACCUCUGAAUACCCAGAAACAAUGCCUCUAAUCUCCAACAAGGUCCGAAAACUACUCAACAUCCUCCUUGAAGAGCCGACUACUUUCAGCGGAAUAGUAUUUGUACAAGAACGAGCAGUGGUUUUUGUGCUUGCUCAUCUUCUUUCUGUGCAUCCUGAAACGAGGGGAUGCUUUAGAGUCGGGACCAUGGUUGGGAAUUCUUCGCAUAGUGCUCGUCCCCAGAGUGUUGCUGAGUUCUUGAACGCAGACUCACAAACAGACACGCUAUCUGACUUCAGAUCGGGGAAGCUUAACCUGGUUAUUGCAACGAGCGUCCUCGAGGAAGGGAUAGAUGCUGACACCAAUUCGACGCCCUGGGAACAAAUCGAGAUGGAUAUGAAAACUAUCUACGAAGAUGAUAUGCGUCAGCUGCGCCAAUAUGAAGUCCUCGAGGGCAGUGAGGAAGACGAUGGUCGUUACUUUCGCGUUGAGAAAACUGGGGCGUUGUUGGACCUAGAUAAUGCUCUGCCACACUUGUAUCACUUCUGCGCAAAACUGCCAGCGACGGAGUAUGUGGAUCUCAGGCCGGAGUUCAUAUGCACAGAAGUAGGAGGCCUUGUCCAAGCUACUGUUAUCCUGCCACUCUCUGUCGAUAAGAUGAUGAUUUGUUGUCGAGUAAAGUCGAAACUAGAGCUUCGUUGA